CCAACUCUAUCGACUUCUUUAGUCCCAUAUGUUAUAGUAACGAACGAGACAACCUCUCCCGAAUUUAACCCUCCCCCUCCAAAAAUAUCUACUCACACAAAAUGUCCGGCAUCGACUCCCCCGAAAUCCUAGCGGCAUACGACGCAGUACGCUCGGACAAAGAUGCGACGAACUGGUUGCUUCUCUCGCACGCCAGCGCCGUAGGCGACAAGCUGACGCUCUCGGGAACCGGCUCCGGGGGGUUGUCGGAGGUGGUGUCGAAGCUGGACGACUCGCAGGUCACUUACGCCUAUGUGCGGGUGGAAUACAACAACGACUCGGAGAGCAAGCGUGUCAAGUUCGUGCUCAUCGUGUGGAUCGGAGAAAACGUCAAGGUGAUGCGCAAGGCCCGCGUGUCCAUCGAGAGCGGCAACGUCAAGAGGGUGCUGAGCCACCACAGCGUGCAGAUCGACGCCCGCGAGCUCAGCGACCUGAACGAGGCGGACAUCGUGGCUAGGUUGCGGAGAGCCGGAGGUGCGGAUUACAACGGCGGGAGGGGCUGAUAGAGAGAGGAAGGGAGAGGGAGAGAGAGAUUAGAGGGACAGACAGACAGACGUUCAAAGGAAACCAGAUACGGAGUUAAGGGGUUGAGCGAAUGUUAGGUGAAGUGGCGUGU